GUACGCUGUUGUGAGGGUGCCUUUGGGAAUCCCUGGCACUGGCGGGGCGGCGCACUGCCCGGCGGCAUUUAGCACUCCGUCCCGCGGGGUAUAUGAAGAGUCACGCCCCGAGCAGUGGCACACUUCACCCACCCUCAACAUGGAGCGACGUACCCUGCUGGUUGUCCUGCUGGUCUGCAGCUGCGUGCUGGCCGCCACGGCAGAGGCCUCGCCCUUCCGUUCCUGGCCCGACAGGUGGUCUCGGCCACGGCCCUGGACCAGACCUUGGCCGAGACCCAGACCUGGCCCGAGGUUCCCCAUGCCAGGCUGCAUCUGCGUCACUCAGCCCUGCCCCUGCGACCACCAUGGCGGCAGAAGAGGAUAAAAGGGGGGGGGGGGGAGGCGAUGCUGCUCUCUCUCUUCCCUGGGAGGAACACCGACGCCUCCUUAGCUUACCGCUUCCUGAAGGGCAGGCUGGCACCGACAACAGCAGCAAGGGACGCCUUCUGCUGCUUUAUGGCUCACUGGCUUAUAUUUUUUGACGGAAACUAAUUUUGCAAUAAAACCUGAAGUUUA